CAGAAACAGCUUUUACAAGAAGCGGAAGUAUUGAAAGAACAAGUGAGUGAACUUAAUAAACAGAAAAUACUAUUUGAAAACUCCAAAGUCCAGGCAGAACGAGUUCUGAGUGAUAAAGAAAAUCACAUCCAGUCUCUGGCUGAACGCUUGCUCAAGAUGACAGACUGGGCUGCUGUGCUUGGAGAAGACAUGAUGGCUGAUGACUUGGAAUUGGAGAUGAAGAGUGAAUCACAAAAGGGUGCUCGCUUAGAUGAUCUGCCAAAAGGAGCUUUGAAGAAACUGAUUCACGCUGCUAAGUUAAAUGCUUCUUUCAAAACCCUAGAAGGAGAAAGAAACCAAAUUUACACUGAGUUGUCUGAAGUAGAUAAAACAAAGGAAGAGCUUAUAGAGCAUAUUACAAAUCUCCAGACUGAACAAGCAUCUUUACAGUCAGAAAACACACAGUUGGAAAGUGAAAAUCAGAAGCUUCAGCAGAAACUUAAAGUAAUGACUGAACUGUAUCAAGAAAAUGGAAUGAAUCUCCACAGGAAGUUAAUAGCAGAGGAAAAGGACCGGUUAGAGAAGGAGGAGAAACUUUCCAAAGUAGAAGAGAAGGUGAGCCAUGCAGCUGAGGAACUGGAGACCUACAGAAGGAGAGCCAGAGAUGCGGAAGAAGAAUUGGAGAGAAGCGUUCGUUCUUAUCAAGGGCAGAUGACUUCCUAUGAGAAAGAAGCGCGUGGCAGCUGGGUGGCAGCUGAGACUGCUGAAAGACACCUCAGGUAUUUAAGGAAAGUAAAUGUUUCCAAGAGACAAAAAUUAGCUGAAAAAGAGUUUAAAUUUGAACUUUUCAAAAAAGAUCCUUAUGUAGUUGAUGUUCCAAAGACAGCAUUUGGCGGAGAGCAUUCCCCAUGUGGUGCCUCACCAGUGGGUCGACCUUCAUCCGAAACGAGAGCUUUUCUCUCUCCACUCAGACUCGCACCUUUGACUCCAGGGCGAGGAGGAGGAAGAGGCUCAAGAGGCCCAGAGAAUACUCUGGAUCACCAGAUGACCAAUGAAAGAGGAGAAUUGGGCUGUGAUAGGUUAACCGAUUCUCAUGGAGCACCUUCUGGGUUCCUGUCACCUCCGUGGGAACAGCACCGGAGGAUGAGGAUCCCUCCACCAGGCCACCCAUGUUCUGAUCCAGCUCUUCUUCCACGAAGGCAAGACGGAUUUGAUCCUGAUCCUGGUGGACCGUCUGGCCCAGCAGAACUCAAAAGUUUCAAUCUGCCUUCUUUGGAUAAAGUGGAUGGGCCAAAGCCUUCACAAAUGGAAUCCAGCAGAAAUGAUACCAAAGACGACCUUGGUAAUGUCAAUGUGCCUCAUUCACCUGUGCCUGCUGAAAGGGAAGCAAGUGGCCCUGGCUUUGCUCCUCCACCUUUUCCUGCAAUCAGAGGUCCAUUGUUUCCAGUGGAUAGGAGGGGUCCAUUCAUGAGAAGAGAACCUCCUUUUCCUCCACCUCCUCCAGGAAGCAUGUAUGGAGCUCCUCAAAAUUAUUUUCUACCAAGGGAUUUCUCUGUGCAGCCACCACCUCCAUUUGCAAUGAGAAAUGUCUAUUCACUGAGGGGAUUUCCUCCUUAUGUUCCUCUAGGAGCUGGAUUUUCACCUCCACCCCCACAUUCUGAA